GCAAAAACCUCUCCAAAUUCCCCCUUAAGAGGCUUUCAAAUCGUACUGCCAAUAAUGCCUCGAGCAUCUAAGAGAAAGUCUGACUCACCCAAAUCCACUUCUGCCAAAUCUUCCCGCACUGAAUCUGUCAACUCUGCUUUAGGCAAGACUUCGAAGUUCGGAAUAUCUGUUGAUAAUCUUUUUCAGAAGUAUGCCAAUAAGUUGCUAGGCAUGAUCGAUCCAGAGGGGAUUGAGGCACUAUGCUCAGAUCUAGGAGUGGAUCAUACUAAUGUCAGAAUUUUGAUGCUCGCUUGGAAAAUGAAAGCCGAAAAGCAGGGAUAUUUUACUCAGGAUGAAUGGCAAAGAGGAUUAAAAGAUCUCGGGGUUGAUACUAUUAACAAAUUGAAAAAAGUGCUGCCAAAAUUGGAAGCAGAGGUCAUGAUGCCUGAAAACUUUGAGGAUUUUUAUUGCUACGCUUUUCGUUACUGCCUUACCGAGGAUAAGCAGAAGUGUGUGGACAUUGAGAGCAUUUGUCUACUGAUUGACCUUGUUCUGGGGUCCCAAUUCCGGAGUCAGGUCGACUCAUUCACUGAGUUUCUCAAGAAUCAGACUGAUUAUAAAGUUAUCAACAUGGAUCAAUGGACGAAUUUUCUUCGAUUUUGCCAAGAGAUUAGCUUUCCAGACCUUAAAAACUAUGAUACAGAUCAAGCAUGGCCUGUGAUAUUGGAUAAUUUUGUAGACUGGAUGAAAGAAAAGCAAAACUGACCUCCGCAUGAAAGCAAGUUCCUUCUUCAAUGCUAACAGGACCAGUAUUUGAAGUGUGCGCGCCAUUUUUGCUUGCACGAUUCAUGGAAGCUGCAACUUUGAGUUGAUAUACUGCAUGUCUGAUGAUGGUUUGACACAUUUGUUUCAAGGGGGAUAUACCAAGUUUUUGAUUUUUUGCUUUCUUCUUUUGAGUUACAAUCAAAAUGUAUGCUACAUCUUUUUUUUUUUUUAAUUAUUAAUUGAUUUUGAAAUUUCAACAAUUUACAAAGUGAUGGGCAUCAUUUGAUCCCCGGAUGGCAAUCAUACCUGUGAAUGGAGUAAAAAACAGCUUCUUAAGUGAAA